AUGCUCUCUCAGGAAACGUUCUCAAUGGGCCGAAUCGGAAAACAAAUGGUUGACGCGUUGGUCGAAUCACAACCGUCUGUCGAGAAGAUUCUCAAAUUCUCAGACAUGUUCCUGAAGCUGAAAGACCUGACAACGUCGCAAGCAUUCCAGAAUUGCUCCCUUCUAGGACUUCGACACAAAUCGAGAUGGAUGGAUCAGUCCAAAGGAAUUCCAGCGUGCCAUGGAAAGUCAGAAGAUGUACACAGUGCUCAAACUUUGCUGGAAUACUUCGAUCCAUUCUUGGGACGAAUCGAGAUCAUGGGUUCAAGUAAACGUGUCGAAAAGAUCUAUUUCGAGAUUCAAGAAUCGUGGCUUGAGCAAUGGGGAAAGCAGCAAAUUCGGGACUCCAAGAACUCUUUCCUGUUCAACGUUUUGCAAGACGAUGGUGGAGAUCAAGGCAAACUCGAGGCGUUCAUUAAUUUCUGUGAGGACACCAUUUUCGAAAUGCAACAUGCGGCCGAGAUUUCAUCUGGUGACACGGAUUCGAAAAUGGAACGUGCCAUCAAGCAACGGGACUAUUUCUUGCAGCAAAGCACUGCUGGAGAGCAAAUCUCACAGACGUUCAAAAGCGGCUAUAAGUACGGAGUAAAUGCAGCGUCAGCACUCCGGCCAGAAAAUGUCAAGCAGAACUUUCAAGAGGAUCAGUGGUCAAGUACGUCAAAUGACAUGGAUGCAGCUACUCUGGGCAAUCACUCUUUUGCUGUUCCAAUGCGCAAAGACACUUGGUUAUGGUGCAUAUCUGCUUCUGAUGACACUCUUCCGUUUCGCCUAUUUCCUUACUUUACCAGAUCGUGCAGAAGAUCAAGAGAAGCCCAACAAGUGAGUUGUGCAGCUGUUGAUUGUGUGAAACCUUUAAAACGCUCAUUUGUGAUCUUCAGAGCUCCUCUGUAUUCCAAUCAACCGAUUUUGCCCGAGUUCCAUCACACGCAUCUCGGAUUGGACGCGUUUGGUUUAGCUGCUGACCAGUUGCCUACAGCCAACGCCAACUACUCCGAGAUUCCGCAUGUGAUCACUGAAGACUAUACACCACCCGCCGAGGAUACAACGACAUCCAACAAGACUCCGCCUAAUAUACCUACACCGCCACCAAGUGGGCCAAAGGCGCCAAGCAUCUAUGAAUCCAUCGGCGCUCCAAUUGUUAUGCCACCACCGUCGGAAGUCGAUCUCCACGAUGUCUCCUAUGAGCCGAAGAUCGCCGAACAGAACAUGGGUCGAAGCAGAGGAUCAGUACUGAAUGUCCUGGCGCGCAACUUCAAGACCAUUGAAAAGACGACACUGUACUUGGCGUUCUUCAUCAAUGUCAUCCUGCUUUUCCAUCGUGUAGAGAUUAAGCACAUGGAACCAGAAAAACCGGAGAGUGAAGAGGAUGAUGAGAACGCCAACGAAAUUGUCUUCAUAACUGGAAUGGUGGUGCCAUAUGUAGAGUACGAGCUGACAGGUUUUGUACUGGAUCAGUGUGCUUCACCUGACGACGUCAUUUGCGCUGCUCGUCUCCUUCUAUCAACUCAA